AUGUCUUCAUCCUCCUUCGUUUCAAAGGGCGCAGGUGACUUCAUCUUCAUUUUUUCUUCCGAUGAACUAAUAUGUAUCUUCUUGGAGGGAGUAGGUGUUUCCUAUUUGGGGGAUAAAGAUCAUAUUAUUCUGGAGGAUAACCCUAUCGGUCUCCUCCCGUCUCUCAUCGUCGUACUUCUACUUUUAUCUCUCCCUUAUCAAAGACAUGAGGGGUUUGGGGAUUCGCCAUUUUUCAUCUUUUACGCUUCCUAUCUCUCAACCCUUUCUUUUCUUCAUCCUACACUUUCAUCUACAAAGGAAACAGAACUGAAAGAGGGGACAUUAAUGCACAACAGUUUUUGA